AUGUUCUUUUUGAAUUUUCGUCGUCUGCCUAAUACGGAUUACAAUAAUUUAUCAUCAAAUAAUGUCAUUCCCAUAGGAAGAGCUUUUUAUCUAAACGGUUCGGGUGGAAAAAUUGGGGUUUGGCAUAUUCUUCCGAGUGAACUAUCGAAAGAAUAUCGGUCAAAUGGUGUUCAUCCUACGAAUGAUGAACUUGAAAAAACCUUGAGCCAGAGAAAUUAUAAAAUAAUUUUCUACGCGCAUGGCAAUUCUUUUGAUCGUACGUUCUACCAUCGUGUUGAACUCUAUAACUUAUUAUCCAAUAUGAAUUUCCACGUAAUUUGUUUUGAUUAUCGAGGUUAUGGCGAUUCUGAUGGCUCCCCUACUGAACCAGGAAUUGUGUCGGACGCUCGGGUAGUUUAUGAUUAUAUCCAGUCAAAGGUUGGAAAUAAUCCCAUCAUUGCAUGGGGUCAUUCAAUGGGAACAGGUGUUUGUUGUAAAGUCGUUCGUGAUUUGUCUGUCGAAGAAAAAGCGCCACUUGGGUUAAUCUUGGAAUCACCUUUCAAUAAUCUUCAAGAUGCAGUUGUAAAUCAUCCAAUUUUUACGGCAUUUUCCUGGAUGAAUAAGACAAUGGUUCGCUACAUCUUCAUCAAACCAUUAAACAGUGUUGGUCUCACAAUGCUUUCCGACGAAAGAAUAAAAUUAAUUACUUGUCCAAUUCUGAUACUCCAUGCAGAGGACGAUAAAAUUCUUCCGGCCAAAUUAGGAAAAAAACUUUAUGAAGCCGCCCGAUCGGCCAAACGUCAAGUGGAAUAUCAGGAAUUUAGCGCUUCUCAUCAAUAUGGUCACAAAUUUAUCUGUCGGGCUCCAGAUUUGUCGAACAUAAUUCAAGCAUUUGUUGAAAAGUUGAGUAAAUCUCAAUGA